GAUUGCACAUACAGAUACACAAACACACACACACACACACACAUGAGCCCAUUUGAAUUGCAAGUGAGCUCUGAAAAACCACCAGAGGAGGUAAACAGAGAGAACAAGUGAAAAGAAAAGGAGGUGGAAAAAACAGUGACGGAAGGAAAACUAGAAGAGAAGAGAAGAGAGGGACACAGGCUCCAGUGACCGGAUGACAUUCACACAGUGUUUAGCAGGACAAGCCUCCACGUGUGAAGGACUGACAGACAGAGAGUGAGGGGAGUAUCUGGGGAGCCUUGCACCGCACCAGUGCUGGGACAGCCCCGAAGGGACACCUGAGCCCUGAGGAGACACCUCCUGAAGUCGGGAGUGAGCAGCACCCCAUGGGAGACGGAGUCAGAAGAACACCCAACAGCAACCUGCUGUCGCUCCUCCUCUCUUCGCAACCGGCUCUCAUCCCCUUCUCCUCCUCCUCCUCCUCCUCCAUCCUCGCUCCCUCUCUCAUUUGAUCCCAUCCUUCACUUCCUGCGCAGGAGAGGGAGAGCGUGCACUGAGAGAAGGUAAGGAUGCAUGCAUGUUGUUGUCCUUGCAGAACAUGAGUGUGUGUGUGUGUCAGCGUCUCAUCUUUCAACUGGAUAUUUAAGUCAGCAACUUGUUCUUUGGAUCAGUUCUUUGUGUGUGAGUGUGUAUGCGUGUGUGUAUGUGUGUGUGUGUGUGUGUGUGUGUGUGGCUAUGGAGGGUUUUAAAAAAAAGCUGAGACAGAUGCGGGGCACUUUUCAUUUGUUGCAGGAUCGUUUUCAUCUUGACAGCAUGUUUUAAAGGCUGUGCUCAUCUGUUAUGUGUAUUUUAUUGUUGACUGUGUCUGUCUUUUCUCUCUCGACUACCAACGAUUCUCUUGUCAUUUGAAAGGAAAAGUAUGACUGUGGAGUGGGUCAGUGAUCACAGAGAAAGAGCAGUCAUAAAGUAUGCAUCGAGAAAGGGCACGAAGCUGUACCAAAGUGUGAGAGAUGCAGGCACAAAGGGACAAUGAAAGUAAAGAAGACAGGAGAAGGGUUAAAAUAUUCAAAUGUAGAUGCAGCGCGGUAGAAAAUCAGCCGUAAAAUCAUAUCAAGUUCCAUGGUCAUUGCAUUUUUCCCUGCCAUCAUCUCGUCAACCCCCACCAUGAACCGCAGGCCGGUUCUUUGCUCGUAGUAGUUUGGGGGGGGGGACAACGGAUCCUGCAGGGACCACCCCAUGCCAUUUAAUCUGUCCCUGCCCACAGAUAACAGAAGGCAGAUGGUCCUGCCAGAGCACAGGGAGAUAGAAGAUAGUGGAUACAAUGUGCAGACAGAUAGCACACAGCACUCAACCUGUACCUCUGAAACUGAGCCUGCAUCAACUUCUAAAUGAGGGGGUCAAACGAAGUGAAAAGCAGGCAGUAAAAGAAGGGCAGAGAGGGAGAGAAAGAAAAAAGACAAACAGAGCAGGGAUGAAAUAUCUUUCAUUAAAACCCAAACAGUAUUUAUGCAGUAGGUCGACAGUCUGGGAUACACAUAUUGGAAAGAGGGAAACUCAUCUAAAAGAGGAAAAAAAAAAAGAACAGAGAGUGAGCGGGACCAUCAAAGUCAUGAGCUCCUGUGUUUAAAGGGGAGUGUGUAUUUAUUUAUAGAGGGCGGUGGUUAAGUUCACUAAGCUCCCUCUCUCUGUAAGACCCAGCCUUUUUGCCUUAUGAAAAUUCAAUUGGCCAUAAUUUGCUGAGGAGCCGUAUGCAUAUUUCAUCAGCGGCUGCGUUUUGAAGAAACAAGCCCGCCAAGCUUUUUUUCUUCAUUUUUAUCAAGACUGAAUGAGGGGGAGUGUGAGGUUGUGCAGCCGUCUGGCAACAUGUGACACAUUAGACACAUUCGACAUGGGGGCUAAAGUAAACACCAAUCAGCUUCAUGUGUCUGGCUAAAACACCGUCACAAAUUCAUUGCGACCUUGUUGCAUGGGUUGUUUUUUUUCUCCCCCUCUGAUUCCAAUCUUCUCUUUUCCAGUUGCACUUUCUCCUCUUUUCCUUCCUCCGUCUCAUUCCCUCUAAUUACUGAUCCAACAUCCUCCUCUUCUUGCUCUCCAUUUCCACAGCCUUCUCUUCCUCAGCCUCCCCUUCCUCCCCUCCCUCCCUCCCCUCCCAUUUCAAUCUGCCUCUCUCCCGCUGCAUGUCUCUCAGUUAAAGCUUUAUGGGUCGUUCACUCCCUCCCCACUCUUUCUUUGCAAGGAUAAUGAGCAGGCGCCUCUGUGCGACUUUGUAGCUGUGCGACGGUUUGUGAGUUUGGAUCUCUGCGCGUCCCGGGGCCCGAAAGACUCAGAUGUACCGUCUAGCCGCCUCCAUGCAUGGUUCCACUGUGAUUGUCAUCUGAUCUAUAGGGCACAGCACUGACAUAAUGCACCUUGUUAGAGGAAGGCGGGGAGUGUGUUUGUGAAGACUCUGUGACUUUGAACAAAUGUGUUUUCUCUGGGGGGAAAGAGGAACAGUGAGACCUGUAAUCAUCCUAUCUACUAUCACUAAAUCCCAGCCACACACACAAUCACACACCCAUAUAUAAAUAUACACAUGAAAAAAAACCAGGAGAAAGAAAAACAGUAAAAGGGUGUGAAAUAAAUAGAAUAAAAGAUAGAGAAGAUACAGAUACAGAACCAUACUAGCUCUUGUUAGGCGUUUCAUGCUGAUUGGAUCUGACUGCAUCUGAGCACCUCCAGGUGUUGUUUGUGCACCUCGCUCCACAUCAGCAUGGCGUCACUUUUCUCCUGAUAAAAUGGCUGCUGAGACCCACGAUGAAAGAUAUUUGGAGAACAGACUCAUUUGAACUCCACCGACUAAAAAUAGAAAUGUCGAUGUAAAGGCAAUGACUUUAGAGUGAUUAUAAACCCACUUUCACACUUUGAAAAGUAUCCUUUUUACAGUGGGUUUCACACUGUGCUAUGCACACACACACGCACACACACACACACACACGCACACACACAUCCCAGAGUAAUAUAGCAUUGCAAUUUCUAUUCCUCUGCAUGAAUAAUUCUGUCUGAAUAGGAUAGGAUGUUUCUUCAUAUCAAUGAAUCAUCAGCAGCCGCUACAGCUCUUUAGUGUAUGAAUAGUACAGUAGAAAGUGUGUUUGAGUGCUUUACUGUGUGUGUGUGUGUGUGUGUGUGUGUUGCUGAUGGGCUCUGAUUGAUGUCCUUGACCUUGACCUUUCCACCAUGUGUUCUCAGAGCCCGGGAGAGAUAUCCAAGACGUGGUGACUGAGGAAAGUCAAAGAGCGAAAGAAACAAGACAGCAAGAAGCAGCGAUGGCACUCAUGUCCUUGUCCUGGUGUCUCGGUGCAGCUUUGGCUCUGUUUUGUGGCUCUCCGUGGCCCCAGGUGCACUCCGCCCUGGCACCUGAGAACGAGGUGCCACUUCGCCCGACGACGUGGUUCCCAGAGGGAAAGAUCACCUCUGUUACUCUCCCCAAAGGACGCACUCGCAGGCUAUACUUCACACUGAAGCAGAAGGCCCCGGCCAUGUCGGUGACUGUCAGCCCCUGUGAGCUCCCCAUCGAAUGGAGCUUGGCAGCCCGCACCCUGAAGGACAAACCCCACAAGAGCCUGCAGUGGAGCACCAAAAAGAGUAUGCCCGAGGUGUGGUGGCGAGCUCCUGGGAUUGAGGAGAAAAUGCACAGCUUCACAGGCAAUGCAGUAAACACCUACAGGGGUCCUUCCUUUCCCCAGGCUUCCAUCUACAUCCUGAGGCUGCGCUCCAAAGAGCAGAACACCAGAGCUACAGUGUACUUCCAUGAAGGCCUGGGGCCCUCAGGUGCCUUCCCUCUCCUCCCAGCUGACCCCAGAGUCCACACGUUAGGUGUAGGCAUGACCAGCGUCACCCUCAGCUGGGCGCCCAGUGCCUCCGUAACCAGCCUCCCGCAGACGCAGAAGAGCUACGACUACUGUGUCCUUGUCAACUCUCAGCGAAACUACCCCAGUCUUUGUGCCGCACAAGAGGGCAUGGGAAAAAAGAAAGAACAGAAAGAAGAACAGAAGGAGAAGAGGAGGAGAGUGACAGUGUGGCCGAUUCUGAAAGAGUGGUGGUGGCAGCAGUGGGACUCUUAUCCUGAACCCCAGAGUCCACCUUCCUCCCUCACUGAUGAAUAUGCUGAUCUCCAGUGUGCGUGUCAGGGGACAGAGAGCGUUUGCACCGUCUCCGAGCUCCUGCCUGACACCCGCUAUUACUUUGACGUCUUUAUGAUCGACAGGCUGAACGGGACCAGCGCGGCCUACAAGGGGACGCUUGCUCGAACGCACGAGGAGGCCCGGGCGGCUGUCGUCGCUCUGAGAGAAGGGGAGCUGAGGUGGGUGAACUUCCGCGACAGAGCCUCCAACUCAGAGCAGUUCUUCAGUUUCCGUCCUCGCGGCUCGCAGCAGAGUGGCCUCCUCACCUUGCAGAGCUGCAGCGGAGGUGAAAAGGUCAAGGCCACCGUGUCCAGUAAAGGCCAGGUUUUGACGUCACAGCCCGUGGGGGGAGAUUUAGUGCACAUUUGGCUCCAGGGAGGUCCGUCCUAUCUCAUCCACUUGGAGAGAGAAGGAACGACCACAGACCCGGCUCUACCAGGAGGUCUGAUGGCCUCGGUCAAAAUGCAGACCUCCUCAGCGUACCACCGCAGAGGGUUCCCAUCUCUGCCCUCCACCUUGCAGAUCAAAUCCUUCAACCGGUUGCGCGGUUGCAACAGUGUCACUCUGGCGUGGAUGGGCACAGAAGAAAGAAGUCUGUACUGCGUGUACCACAGAAAGCUGGGGGAGCGUGAAGCAGAGGCAGGGGGAGCAUCAGCUCUGACUGCGCCCUGUCUGGGACCAGAGUCCCGCUCUGACACCGAGAGGGUUCUCUGCAAGUAUUUCCAGGAGCUGAAUCCUCGGCGGGCCGUCACUACAGCUGUGAUCGGGGGCCUGGAGCCAGGGAUGGCCUAUGUGUUUGAUGUCUAUCUAAUGAGACGCUGGGGGAUCCCGAUCAAGUACGCCAGUAAGAUGGUGAAGACCAGAAAGGAAUGCUGAGUUGCCGCCCCCCACAGGAGGUUUUUAGACUGUCCCAGUUUAGGGGAAAAUGCAUCGGCCAUGGACAUGCUGAAAAAGACUGACCAUGCGAACGAAGCCAUUUGACUGUUGUGGAGAGACUGUUACCAUAACAAGGACAUAUUCCCCCAGGAGGAGCAAUGGUUUUUGUUCAAACUCCACUCGCGAGUGGAUGGGAAGCGUAUGAGAAGGAUUUGCACACCAGCAGAUGUUCAUAACAUUUACAAUACAGCUCUUGUUCUUUUUGUCAUUUUGUUUUUCAUUGUUGAUCAUGAUGAUGAUGUGCCAGUUGUCCAAGUGCUUAUUUUUGUGUCGGAGUACAAAGGACAGAGGAGGUUUGUGAUGACAAAACAAAAGUCAAUACAAAAACAACAACAGAGACUGUGCCAAAUAUGCAACAGAAACAGAUGGGGCAAUAAUUG